GCCAUUCGUAGAGUUUGUGAGAUCCACCUUCAUCAAAAAACGGAAAAAUGGUACUGAUUGCAUUGUUAGACGUUUAAGAAAUGAAGUGGACAACGAAGACGUCAUAACCAAGCAUUUAAUGGAUAUAACAAUCACAGGGAAUUUUAUUCACAGGAAAGCAAAUAAAACCACAUUGCAAUACAGGUGUGAAAGAUGUAAUAAACCAAGAGGAAAAAAAACAGGUCCUUUGAAUACCAGGGCAAAUAAUUGUCAGGCAUAUGUGUCAUUCCAGUAUGUUAUGUUAAUAUUUUUGACCCAUUUGAGUAAAAAAGCAGUAAUAAUUCGGCAACAACUAAAACACAAUGGACACAGUUUACAGAUAAAAGAGGAAAAACACCAAUCACGCCCAGAUCACAGCUUACUGCUUUAUAUAGAUGCUUUACUUGAUCAGGGGAAAAAACCCAUGGAAAUAUUGUGCAAAGCAUGGAAAUGGGCUAGAGAUCAAGGGCAUUUUGAUGUGCACGAUAGAAGAUACUAUCUGACACCAGUUGACAUUAAGAAUAUAUGUCAACGUUACAAAAUGGAUAAAAGAAUUCACCAGAAUGAUGCUGUAGCUGUACACGAGCUAUGCACACAAAUACUGAAGGAAGAGAUAAUUUUCUACCAAGAAUUGAAAGAGGGAGUACAGCCAUUAGUAAUUAUUUACCAGAAUGAAGCACAAAGAAAAAGAAUGGUGAAACUAGCAGAAAAUGUGGUGUUUUUAGAUGCUACAUAUAAAGGAUUAACUGCCUAUGGUUAUUCAUUCUAUGCUCUUGUUGCAAGAGAUGAACAGCAAGGCCGAGGGACUCCUCUUUCGUACUGUAUCUCGUCAGAUGAUACUGGUGAAGUUGUCAAAAUAUUUCUGAGAUCUCUGAAGACUACGGCUGAAAAUCAUGGAUUUGAUUUCCGUCCAAGUAUUAUAGAAUAA